CGUUCUUGAUUUUCUCAAACUCCUUCCUCGCUUGCUUGCUUUGCGUACGAGGCCUCUUGUCUCUCUCUCUGCUCUCUCUGUGUCGGAGCGGCGGCCAUGGCGGCGUUGCAGUACCUGGACACGCUGCGCAGCGCGCACCCGGAGAUGGCGGAGUGGUACACCUCGCUGGCGGAUCUCUACCAGAAGAAGCUCUGGCACCAGCUCACUCUCAAGCUCGACCAGUUCGUCGCCCUCGCCGUUUCUCAGGCUGGUGAUUUGUUGAUACAGUUGUAUCAUAAUUUCAUCACUGACUUUGAGACCAAAAUUAAUCUCCUCAAGCUUGCCCAUUUCGCCGUAGUAGUUUCUAGGCAGUAUUCAGAGAAACAAGCUUCCAUUAGUUAUCUCGAAGGGAUUAUAGAGAAGCUUCAAUCUACCAGAGAGCAGCGUGUGGAAGAGCCCAUCCUCUACAUUAAGAUGCAGAUAGCUAUGUUCAAGCUUGAUGAGGAGCAAAAGGAGUGUAAAAAACUUUUGGAAGAAGGAAAGAGCACUCUUGAUAGCAUGACUGACAUAGAUCCGUCGGUAUAUGCCAGCUACUAUUGGGUUUCAUCCCAAUAUCACAAAGUUCGAAAAGAGUAUGCUGAGUUCUAUAAAAGUGCUCUCCUCUAUUUGGCGUACACCUCAGUGGAAUCUCUUUCGGAUUCAUUUAAACAGGAUUUGGCAUUUGAUUUAUCUUUAUCUGCACUAUUGGGAGACGACAUAUUCAACUUUGGCGAGCUGCUAUUUCAUCCUAUUAUAAAGAGCCUCGUGGGAACAAAGGUUGAGUGGAUGUACUAUAUUCUCGAGGCAUUUAAUGCUGGUGAUCUGCAACGCUAUCAAGAACUUUGUCAUGUACACAAUGCUGCUCUUAAUGCACAACCUGGUUUGGUCGAAAAUGAGAAAAAGCUAUUGGAGAAAAUCAACAUUCUUUGCCUAAUGGAAAUUAUAUUCAGCCGUGCAUCAGAAGAUAGGACAAUUCCACUGAGUGUGAUUGCUGAACGCACAAAGCUUUGCGUAGCUGAUGUUGAGCACCUUCUCAUGAAGAGCCUUUCUGUUCGUCUUAUUGAGGGUGUAAUUGAUCAAGUAGAAGGAACAGUGCAUGUUUCCUGGGUCCAACCAAGAGUUCUGGGCAUUCCACAAGUUACAUCCUUGCGAGAUCGGUUGGAUGGUUGGCUGGAUAAAGUACACACUGCUUUGUUAUCCGUUGAAGCAGAAACACCUGAUCUUGUCCCUGUGUAGUCUUAUGUUGCUUUCCUCUCUGCCAAAUGUAACAUUCCCUGACUAAAUGCGCCGACAGCAAAGUGAAAGGAGCUGAAAGAAAGAAGAGAAGUGUGAGGCAGUUGGGCACUUGGUCCAUAUUGGUGCUUCCUUUCUUCAGUCAAUUUGCAUUUGAAGUGGCUGUCUCUUGCGCUUUGUGUGGAUUUAUUUGGCAAUUGAUCGGAGACUUAGUUAUUAGGUUAAAGAUGAUCAUUUACUUGCUAAAGACAGACAGCAGAAUAUGCAAGGAGAAUCUCAUUCGAUAUUCCUGAUAUGAUCUGUCAUAGGGAUGAAUUGCUCAUUAUAUUUUAGAAUGAACAUGAAAUUCGUUGUGCCAA